UCCCACCCUCCGUGCGAAGCAGCCGCUCGAGUAGAGACGCACACAGCGGAGUUCGGUCCAUCUCUGCUCGCUGCUAGCUAACCCCGCAGCAAGGCCACUGCGGGAAGAUGGCGACGGAAAAACAGAAACACGAAGGAAGAGUUAAAAUUGGACAUUACAUUCUCGGAGACACACUCGGAGUGGGGACGUUUGGAAAGGUUAAAGUGGGCCAACAUGAGCUGACCAAGCACCAAGUGGCCGUGAAGAUCUUGAACAGGCAGAAGAUCCGCAGUUUGGACGUGGUGGGAAAGAUUCGCAGGGAGAUCCAGAACCUCAAGCUUUUCAGGCAUCCUCACAUAAUUAAACUGUAUCAGGUUAUUAGCACCCCUACAGAUAUCUUCAUGGUGAUGGAGUAUGUCUCAGGAGGCGAGCUAUUCGACUACAUCUGCAAAAAUGGAAAGUUGGAUGAAAAGGAGAGUCGUCGACUGUUCCAGCAGAUUAUUUCAGCAGUAGACUACUGCCACAGACACAUGGUGGUGCACCGAGACCUCAAGCCUGAAAAUGUGCUGCUUGAUGCACACAUGAAUGCCAAGAUUGCAGACUUUGGAUUAUCAAACAUGAUGUCAGAUGGAGAGUUCCUGCGAACAAGCUGUGGUUCUCCAAACUAUGCUGCUCCUGAGGUCAUCUCAGGAAGGUUAUAUGCUGGACCAGAGGUAGAUAUCUGGAGCAGUGGGGUCAUUCUCUAUGCCUUGUUGUGUGGGACGCUUCCCUUUGAUGACGACCACGUGCCAACGCUCUUUAAGAAGAUCUGCGACGGGAUCUUUUUCACCCCGCAGUAUCUGGACCCUUCAGUAAUAAGCCUCCUUAAACACAUGCUGCAGGUGGACCCCAUGAAAAGAGCCACCAUCAAAGAGAUCCGAGAGGAUGAGUGGUUCAAACAGGGCCUACCAAAGUACUUGUUCCCUGAGGACCCCUCGUACAGCAACAACAUGAUUGAUGAUGAGGCUCUAAAGGAGGUAUGUGAGAAGUUUGAGUGCACAGAGGAGGAGGUCCUGUCCUGCAUAUAUAGUCGCAACCAUCAGGAUCCAUUGGCUGUCGCCUACCAUCUCAUCAUUGACAAUCGUCGCAUCAUGAGUGAAGCCAAGGAUUUCUACCUGGCGUCUAGCCCUCCUGACUCUUUUCUAGAUGACCAGCACCUGACCUCGUCUGGUGCAGCUGUGGCCGGCAUUAUCAAGCCCCACCCUGAGCGUGUACCCUUCCUCUUGGCGGAGACUCCUCCCAGGCCGCGCCACACAUUGGACGAAUUGAAUCCCCAGAAGUCCAAGCACCAGGGUGUUAGAAGGGCCAAGUGGCACCUGGGUAUCCGGAGUCAGAGUAGACCCAAUGAUAUCAUGUCAGAAGUGUGCCGUGCCAUGAAACAGCUGGAUUAUGAAUGGAAGGUUGUGAAUCCUUAUUAUCUACGUGUGAAAAGGAAGAAUCCAAUUACUGGGAUGCAAACCAAGAUGAGCCUUCAACUCUACCAGGUGGACAGUAGAACCUACCUCCUCGACUUCCGUAGCAUAGACGAUGAUAUGUUGGAGACAAAAUCUGGAACUGCUACCCCUCUCCGUUCUGGGUCUGUGGGCAACUACCGCACCACUAUUAAGAACGAUGCAGACGGGGCAGAUGCUCCAGCUGUGUCUAGCACUGUGCCCCUCAUCAAGGCUGCAGAAGGCUCCUUAGCUUCAUCGUUGACCUCAUCCAUCGACUCAACAGGGGGGGACACCCCAACCGUCCCUCGACCAGGAAGCCACACCAUCGAGUUCUUUGAGAUGUGCGCAAAUCUUAUUAAACUACUUGCACGAUAGCUUGCAAAACAAUCGCUAGCCUUUUUUCCUCUCCGAGUGUCUUUAUAGCAAUAAGCAUGCAACCGAUUCAUGGCUCUGUUCAUCCCGGCUGAGGAUGAAGUGAUUGUUCCAUGGCACUGAUGCAGGUUAGUGUUCCCUAAGCGGAAGGGAUGUAUACUAAGCUGGCAGGAAAUGUAAUGGUUUACUUGGAAAGAUGAAAGACAGGCUACUUAAUAGCUAAGAAAGAACAACAUUUAGGAGGGGGUUUUACAAUUUCCUGAUCAAUUAAAUAGCAAGUGUCCACAUCCCAACAAUACAUAUAUACGCAAGUGAUUACACUGAAUUUUCUGUACUGUAGCUGGUGAGCACUGCUUUCCAGUACAGAGAACAAGAUCAAGUCUUUGCCUGCAGAGAAGGAAGCCACAUGUUGAGGGUUGGGUGUUUGGGUGGUAGUCCUAUAGGAUGCAGGAAGCACUUUUGCACAAGUUUGUUUUAUUUCCUGCUGCUCUUGUUUUUCUCUCAGUGGAGAUCAGAGAGGUGGUGCAGAUGUAUCGGGGUGCUGCGCUGGCUAUAACAAGGGUUGUCAUGCCCAUCACAUUUAUUAGACUUUCAAGAAGUGCAAUGGCCCCUGUAUUUCUGUCUUGUGUCAGGGACAAAAGAAUGCUUCAUCAGAUUUGUUUGGUUUUCUUUUUUGUGAAUCUGAGUUGUCAGAGACUAAAUUGUCAUGGUUUUGUCCUUGUGUAAAAAAAAGUUUGAAUUUGUCUGUCCCCCUUUUUUUUUUUUUUUUUUAUAUAUAUAUAAAGACGUGAAUAUAUUUAUCAGUGGACGGAGUGUUGCUUCUAUUGGAAAUGGAAUUGUUUUUUUCUUUCUUUAUUGCAUCAAGAUCUUUUGCUGGAUGGUAUAUAUUUUCCUUUUUUACUGUUUUUUUUUUUUUAAAUCAAUAUCACAACUUUGUUUCCUUCAAUCACAAUUAUUCUGAUACUUGAUUGUCUUUCCAGAUAAAUAUAGCCUGCUUUUACCAUUUAAGAGGUAUUUUGCCAUGACAGUCAAAAUAUAGAAAUAUAUCAUUUUCAGUGUCGCAUAUUAAAAUGACAAGUUGAUUUUGACUAUUGUUUUUUUUUUUUUUUAGAUUAAUGAUUAGGAUUUGAGUAUGAUUACUGAGUGAAAUGCCUUUUAUCUACAUGCAAUUUGUAAAUGCCAAUCCAUCACAAGUGUAUAGGCCUCAGGGCUCAAUUUGAAAAUAAGUAGUAGCAAUUACAUGCAGUGCAUGGACAAUGUGUCUUGGCAGGUGAAUACAUCCAGAGUAUUGUCAUUGUUGGAUUUGUUUUGUUUUUAUUGCCCACACAUUCCCUUGAAGAUUGACCUUGAAGAAGAAAAAAGGUUUACAUAUGUUUAAACCUGAAACAAACUUGUGAGCUUGGAAUUGUGAAGUCCUGCUGGAUAGAUCACAAUUCUGAUGUAAGAAAAAAACAUCACACAAGCAUUAAGAUGAUAAUUGUGUGGGUGAUUUAUAUUUCAUAAAAAAUGUCAAACAAUAUCGUAUACUUGCAAGCUCACAAACUCUUGGAUAUGUCUUUGAUCAAAAACAAGAUGCGUCUCCCUCAAUUUCCUGUCCACAGUCUUGAAGUUUUAAGCAGUAUCUGUUUGGCUGCCUUAUCAUCUGUAAUGUUAAUCGGUUUUUAUGUCAUUCAAGUUGGAAACUAGUGCUGGUCAGAAUUAUUGCCACCUUUUGCAAUUUUAAGGUUUGAAGUCCACAAAUUAUUUUGUCAAUGUUGUUAAUUCACAAUUUUUAGUUAAAAAUUAGGAAUAUAUAGGAAAUUCUUAACUGCAUAAACAAAAACACAUGAUAGUUGUUGGCAAACUAUUGUAGACCUCAGUAACUGCUACCACCUUUAAUUAUGGCAAUAGAAAAAAAAACAAGCAAACUUGAACUGUAAACUAGUUUUCAUUUUCAUUUUUGUCUUAAGUCAAAUAAACCAGGUUUUAAAGAACUUUGCCUAUCUCAUUAGGAAAUCAACAAAUUGCCAAGAGUGACAAUAAUUGUGAUCAUCUUGUUUCUCUUGCUGUCCUGCGGGGCAGGUUUUGACUGAAAUAUUUAGUUGAUAUUUGACCUUUUAUGUCUCAGUUUAAAACUAGAGUUUAUGGAACAUUGUGAUCAUAGUAAAGAAACACACUAUGGUCUUUGGAACUUAUUGUAUAGGGCAGUUGCAAAUUUUGAUUACAGAACUUUACUCGGUUUUGUAGGAAAGAUGAAUGUGUGAAACCAUGACCUUUUUUUUUAUUUUACACUUAAUGGAGUAGUGUCCUAGUGGACUGUUGGCAGAUAAAUUCUGUCAGUCUGUUUGGACUGCUUCAAAGAAAUAUUUUUUGUUGGUGUGUAAAGGGACCCUACCAGAUUGACCAGUGUAAAUCUAAAUGGAAAGUGUUAAAAUCAUUUGUAUACACACCUGCCUAAUAAACUGCUUAAUUGCACACAA